AUGGAUACGGAAUAUCAGGACACGCCAAACAAUUUUGCCAGAAAAAGCGUAGAAAAAGUUCCAAGUAAUAGUGAUCAUACUAAAUUACACGCUUCACAUGGAUUUGAAAGUGAUCAAGAACUACCCGAAUAUAGUGAUCAAGAAACACCUGAAUAUAGUAAUCAAGAAACACCUGAAUAUAGUAUGGAUGCACUUAACAAAGUGAAUCUUUGUGUUGGUUAUUCCUUUACAUCAUGGGAAGAAGUAGAUAUGAUUAUAGAAACAUACGGCAAGCAGCAGGGAUUUGGAAUCAUUAAAAAAAGGUUGGAACAACAUAAUGAUGAAGUCUGUAAAAAACAAUUUGAUGGAAUUUUAGUUUCAAAUCCCUCAACUAUGCCUAAAACGGUUAGCACUGUUUUGCGUCACUCUGCACAAAAAAAAUUAGUAUAUGGUGAAAUUUGGGGGCUGGCAAGACAGGCUACUCAACUUGCCAUUGAGCAAAAUAAUCAUCAUGAGAUAUUAGUAUGGCUAAGAGAAUUUAUUCAACGGCAGAAAGAAAUGGUAACUACGGUUACUAAAAAAAGAAAUCAAGAACCUGAAGAUAAAAAUGAAGAUUCUGAUUCUUAUUCAAACAAUUCGGACAAAGAAAACAAACUAAGUCAAGUUGAAAAUCUAUUAGUAUCACGGUGUAAAGGACGUUCAAAGACCAAGCGUUAUAAAUCAUCAACUGAAAAAAAACAAAAGCCGCAUGCUAAAUAUACCUGUAGAACAUGUGGUCAAUCAGGACACAAUACUGCGAGAUGCCAAAAUCGCUAG